UGCCGCUGCCGCGCGCAGGCCGUGGACUGCAGCGGGCAGCGCCUGGCCGCCGUGCCGCCCGAGCUGCCGCUGGACACGGGCAACCUGAGCCUGGCGCACAACCGCAUCGCCCGCAUCCCGCCGGGCUACCUGGCGUGCUACGGCGAGCUGCGCGUGCUCGACCUGCGCAACAACUCGCUGGCCGAGCUGCCCGCCGGCCUCUUCGCCGCCGCCGGCCGCCUGGCGCAGCUCGACCUCAGCUACAACAACUUCAGCCACGUGGCGGCCGACGCGUUCGCGGAGGCGCGCGCGCUGCGGCGCCUCGACCUCAGCCACAACCCGGGGCUGCGCCGCGUGCACCCGCACGCCUUCCGCGGCCUGGCCCAGCUGCGCGACCUGGACCUCAGCCACGGCGCCCUGGGCGCCCUCAGCCUCGAGGCGCUCGAGGCCCUGCCGGCCUUGGUGAGCCUGCAGAUCGGCGGCAACCCCUGGGUGUGCGGCUGCACCAUGGAGCCCCUCCUCAAGUGGCUGCGGAGCCGCGUCCAGCGCUGCAGCUCGGACUCCCAGGUGGCUGAGUGCCGGGCCCCCCCCGAAGUGGCGGGCGCCCCUCUCUUCUCCCUCACGGAAGAGAGCUUCAAGGCCUGCCACCUCACGCUGACGCUGGACGACUACCUCUUCAUCGCCUUCGUGGGCUUCGUGGUAUCCAUCGCCUCGGUGGCCACCAACUUCUUGCUGGGCAUCACAGCCAACUGCUGCCACCGCUGGAGCAAAGCCAGCGAGGACGAGGAGAUCUAGCCCUUCCCCUCCGAAAGCCAAACCCUUUUGCCUGGGGUAGCCAAGAACAACCCAACUCUCGCCCCAAGAGCGGCGCCGGCCUGGGCUGUUCCGCCCGAGGGGCUCCAUGGACGGCCGUGUCGGGAGCCCUCGCCCUCCUCUCCGGAGCUUUGG